AUGAGGGCCACUAAUUUAUCAGUAGCUCACGCUUACUGUCGUGUGUUACCCUCGGUAAAUAAAGUCAAUGAAAUGAAAUGAAAUAAUAGUAAUUGCAUGUCUUGAAGUUCUAUAAAUUCGCAUUACAGUCAAACCGGAUGUUCUCUUGUGAGCAACAUUGCAAUAUUAUCCCACAAUAUUGCAAUGUUGAUAGGCAGAUUGCUCCGAGCAAUUUGCAACCGACACGAACAAAUUGAAAGUUGAAAUUCACAAACGUUUUGUAAACAAAGCCUCUGAUUGGACUAUAAGAAAGGGGGAAGCCAUAGGUGUACGGGCAUAUUAUUUUUGGGGGGGCUGGGCUGAAUUUGCCCGAAUGACAUGACGUCAUAGAUUUCGUGACGUCAUCAUAAAAUUAUAUAAUCUAAGAAGACUACAAAUGAAAGGCUUUCCUUUGAAGUCCUUGAAGAUUGAUAUAAAAAGAAAUAUGUUGUCCCUAGCCAUUUCAAUUAUAAACUAAAUAUAUGGCAUUACGAUUUACAAAGAAAGAGAAAGUUACUACCGUAACAACAUUUUUUGGUAUAAAUGGGUAAUUGGACAAGUACUGGUGCAAGACAUUGUGUAGCCUAAAUAAUGAGGACCAGUAUUCCAAAAAUUGUUGUUCUUAAUUUCUUAACUCCGACUCAGUCCUGUGAUGAACAUGUACGUAAAAAACUAGGGAAAUUACGAUUAUGUAGAAACUAAAAUAGGUGGAAAUUUUAUGGGACACGAUAAAAGGCGAGGAUAAGGAGCAAGAGAUCAAAGUUGAGGAGGAAGGCAACCCUGUCCGCGUUUCGACCUAAAGAUGGUGUAACAUUUUCACUGUCCGUCACCGUAUUCUGUUCACUAUUUUCUCUGAGCUGUGACAGUGAAUUUAAUUGAUCAACAUCAGUGAACGUUGUCAUUGGUUCCAUUUGGUCUUCGCUCAUGGGUUCCUUCACAUUUUUCUCUGAUAGAUCUUUAUCAAAAGACACCGUGACUGCAGAAUCUUUACUACCAGUCAAUUCAGUUCCAAGUAGGGUUAGGUCAUACUGCAGGUCAUCGUUCUUGGUUGUCAUGUUACUUUUUACAAAGAAAGUAUUGAUUUUUGACUGGGAAGAAUCCGAUGAUUCUAUCACUGGAUCACAUUUUACUUUUUUACCAUUGUGAACCAAUCGAGGAUGCGGCGCCUCUUUAUAAUCACUGUCGAUUUCCCUAUUGCAUUCCUCGCACUGAACGCGAUGUCGGUACUGUCUUUUACGAGAUGCCAUUGUAAUCUUCUAGGCGAUUGUUGCUAUAGCGAUUGUGGAGUUAAUGGUCGUAAAAUCAACAAUUUUUUAAUGAUUGUAAAAAAAUCGCGCACUUUUAUGUCUAUCUAAAAGUCUAAAAUUAGUCACAUUAGGUCAUUGUACAGUAUUUGUACGGUAACGUCAAUGUCAAUUAUAAUGUAGUAUCUAUUUUCAGUGACUGCUGUGUCAUAGCCGCGGUGCCGCCCAGGGCCAGAGACUGUAUUUACGCAACCAAUGCUAUAAAGGGAGAUAAACAUUACUGAUCCGAUUGUUGCUACGCACACUUUAUAUACCACACCUUCGCAAUCACCACACCUUGUGCAGCUAUAUACUAUAUAUUUAUAUAGUUUAAUAGUUGUAUAGCCUACAUUAUGCUAGGUAAAACUGCUGAAUAUAGGCAUGAAUACAGUGGUGACAUUUUAUUAGUAGCCAUAGCAAUUGGUCCUUCGUUCUAGCCGUUUCUGUGGGGAUUUACGUCUGUGGUAUGUGCGUAAAGAUCAAAACCAAAUCCGAUUAAGUUAGAGCACUUGACCUUUGAUAAAUGUUAACCUGACGCAACAUGCUUGAAUCCAGCUAUGCAAUCUAUGGUAGUAAUAAAUAUACACAAUCGUUGCCAUUACAGAUUUACAGUGCAUGAUUGAACCUGUAAAAGUUGAAUCCCAGCCCCACCCUCCCGUACGCCUAUGGGGGAAGCACCAAUCCAGUUGCUCAGACUAUUUGAUUGGCUUCCCUCUUUCUUAUAAUCCAAUCAGAGGCUUUGUUUACAAAUGUUUUGUGAAUUUCCAACUUGCAAUUUGUUCGCGUCAGUUGCAAUUUGCUGCAGGUGGUGUGCGCGCUACGACCGCAAGGCACUGUGGUUGUUUCAAAGAAUUAGGCCGAAUGCAAUUCAUUUGCAUUUGGUCGAGGUCGAAUGAACAUCUCUGAAUAAAUGAAUAUUAAGUGGGAAUAAAUUGUCUUUUUCCUUUUAUAAAAUCUUAUUCGUCGAAAGUACAUAUAACUAGCUUUUCAGGGAAAACAGCAACUGUUGAUGCAUCGUGCAUUAUACAUAAAGCCUUGGCAGUGUCUAUAUCUCAGACAGGAAAUUGUGAGAGGUGAGGAAUCAAUGAGAUUUUACAAUAUACUUCGAAGGUUUAAUAACUUUGAAAUCCCGUUAAUUAUGAUGCAUUGUGUCUAGGUUUGUCCGGAUAUUUAGCAGCCAUAUACAAUUACUACAAGAUUCUGGAGUGGUUCCAUUUAUUGUGUUUGACGGGCUACCGUUGCAAGCGAAAGAUAAGGAAACAGCUCGAAGGCGAAGGUAAACAACAGCCUGAAGCACAUGCUUAUUUAUAGCUCUAGUCGAGUUUAGUAUUUUAUAAGAAAUACAUUUUAACGGUUGUUUUCUCCAAAUAGUGAGAGACAAGAGCAUUUAGCAGAAGCACAGAAGCAGGAUAUCGGUGACAGAAAGAGAAACAAGUUGCUGAGCCAAAGCGCCGAAAUAACAUAUGAUGUUGUUGAAUGCAUAAAGGUAAACUAAAGUUUAACUCAGGGGCUAUUUUUACACUGUAUAUAAGAGCCUUACAUAAAUGGCUAGCCCUACGCUACAGUAAGGCUGGUUUUUACCUUGUGCUUACACGGGAAUUGAAUAUUCUUGUAUAAAAGCCAAGUUUGAGAUGUAUAUGGCAGUGUUUUUAAAUUAAUCAGCCUCACUAGCAGGGUCAGCCAUAUUACUUGCCUUGAAGGGUUGGCCCUCAUCUCAUAAAAAAACAAAAUCAAUGUGGGUCUUGCCUGGGAGGGCCAGGCCUUCAUGUAGGACACAUAUAAACACCCCCGGCCCCUACUAUUAUCUUUGUUUCCACGUUUGAUAUAUUAUAAUAGUAGUUUGAUAAUGUAAUUGAUAUUAUGUUUUAGCUUUGCUUGUGCCAAGGAAUAAAAUACUUGGUGUCCCCAUAUGAAAGUGAUGCCCAAAUUGCUUUCUUGUUAAAGCAUGGAUAUGCAGAUUUUGCUGUUACGGAGGAUUCAGAUCUGCUUGUUUAUGGUUGUGAGAAGGUUAGUAUUUCAGGUUUUACGUAUGCUGUAUGUGAAUUGGAUAGAUGGGUCAUUUGUAUUUUUUCUUUCUAAAAUUUAAUAGGUUGUUGUCAAACUUGCAUUGAGUGGGGAGGGGGAAUAUUUUGAGCUGAAUAAAGUGCUUGGUGGAUUAAAGGUCACAAUGCCUCAGUUCGUCCAGGGCUGUAUUGCUGCUGGAUGUGACUAUCUGAAAAACAUCUGUGGAGUUGGUAUAAACAAAGCAUUUACCUUUGUGAAGUCUGGUCAAUUGUUCCUUGAGCUAAAAAAAAGGGUUCUCCAGAUCUGUAUGAAAGGUGGUUUGCAAAUGUUGUAG